GCCCUUCCCUCUUGUUUGCUCGCCGCACUGCUCGCCCCGCCGAUCUUGGCCCCAGGCGCGCCCAGAGCCUCGAGCAGAAACGAAAACCACCACCAGGCCUCCCAAGACCAACAAAAGCACCCCCGGUUUUUUUGCCCACACCAAAAAAAAACCACCCCGGCACCGCCACCCACGCCCAGCGCCCGGAACCCCCCGCCUGCCUUUCCUGGCCGCUUUUCCCGCCCGACUCCGCCCUCCGCCCCGCCGGACCCAGCGCACCGUUGCUCCGUCCAUCCCCAGCGCCAAACCCCCCUGAAAACACCGCUUUUCCCCGGGCAUUGCCGCCAUUGCAUGCCCCCGCCCGCCGCCAGCCAUGACCAUGGACCACAAAUGGAAAUUCUCGCAGUGCUUCGGCGACAAGGGCGACAUUGAGAACAUCACCGAGGCCGACAUCAUCUCCACCGUGGAGUUCGACAGCACGGGCCAGUUCUUGGCCACCGGCGACAAGGGCGGGCGCGUGGUGCUCUUUGAGCGCAACGCCGCCAAAUCAGCCGCGUGUGAGUACAAGUUCUUCACGGAGUUCCAGAGCCACGACGCGGAGUUCGACUACCUCAAGUCGUUGGAGGUGGAGGAGAAAAUCAACAAGAUCAAGUGGUUGCAGAGCGCCAACAACGCGUUGUACCUCUUGCUGACCAACGACAAGACCAUCAAGUUGUGGAAGGUGCUGGAGCGCCGCGUGAAGUUGGUGAGCGAAAACAACCUCAACGGGCAGGCGCACUUGCCGUCGUCGCAGUUUCUGGUGGGCGACCUCCGCUUGCCCAAAAUGACGUUCCACGACAAGUUGAUCCUGGCGCAGCCCAAGAAGAUCUACCUGAACGCGCACGCGUACCACAUCAACUCCAUCUCCGUCAACCUGGACCAGGAGACGUACCUCUCGCUGGACGACUUGCGCAUCAACUUGUGGAACUUGGACAUCCCGGACCAGCUGUUCAACAUCGUGGACAUCAAGCCCGCCAACAUGGAGGAGUUGACCGAGGUCAUCACCAGCGCGGAGUUCCACCCGCGCCACUGCAACUUGUUCAUGUACUCGCUGUCCAAGGGCACCAUUAAGUUGGCGGACAUGCGCCUGAACUCCUUGUGCGACGCGCACGCCAAGCUGUUCGAGGAGUACUUGGACCCGGCGCUGCACAACUUCUUCACGGAGAUCACCUCGUCCAUCUCCGACGUCAAGUUCUCGCACGACGGCCGCUACGUGGUGUCGCGCGACUACAUGACCGUCAAGAUCUGGGACUUGGCCAUGGAGCUGAAGCCGCUCCGCACCAUCAACGUGCACGAGGGCCUCCGCGACCGCUUGUGCGAUACCUACGAGAACGACGCCAUCUUCGACAAGUUCGAGGUCCAGCUUAGCGGCGACAACAAGUCCGUGAUGACCGGCUCCUACAACAACAACUUCAUGAUCUACCCGAGCGCAGUGGGCGCCGCGCCCGCCGCCGCUCCCAAGCCUGCGUUCGGCGCAACCGACGACGACGACGACGACGUGUCCGACCACGACGGCGACGGCGAGUCGCCGCCCGCGCCGGCCCACUAUCCGCACUCGCCCCACUCGCCCUAUGCGGACGACGAGCCGCAGGACGAGAUCGUGUUGCAGGCCGACAAGUCGGCGUUCAAGCUGAAGAAGCUGCCGGGCGAGCCGGCCGCACGCCGCCGCUUGAUGAGCGGCGUGGGUCUGGGUGACCACAGCGACUUCAUCGACUUCAAGAAGAGCAUUCUCCACUUGUCAUGGCACCCGCAGGAGAACAGUGUGGCCAUUGCCGCGACCAAUAAUCUCUACAUUUUCCUGGCCUUGUGAGCGGGGCCUGCCCGUGUACUAACGAUUCAUGAAGUGUGUAUGUUCCAUAUAAUAAUACCUAGAUGAGACAGGUGCCUGGCAUGCGGCCUUUCGGGCUGGGUGAGCAGCGGCUGUGGGCCUCUGGCCGCGUUGGGGACCGUUAGAGGCGGUGCCCUGGGUUAUCUUCGAGUGGUUCGAUGGUUAGCUUAGAGCGAGUUCAGAGUUAGCUAAGAGUGAGUUCAGAGUUAGCUAAGAGU